AUGCCGUUUAGAGAUAGAACUGCGGAGUUUAGGACGACUGGGAAGUCCUAUCAAAUGAAAAUCCGUGCUACUAUUCCCCAGAAUACUGUAAAUGAUAGACAUCAAAUGAUACAAGAAAGUAUUGGUUUUAAUCAAUUAUCAAAAAAAAUUGGAAAAGAUUUAGGACUAACAUGUACAAAAAUGGAGAAAUUAACAGAAUUAGCGAAACGAAAAAGUCUUUUCGAUGACAAAGUAAAUGAAAUGGAACAAUUAUCCAGAAUAGUGAAACAGGAUAUUACAGGUUUGAACAAACAAAUUGCUCAAUUACAAGAAUAUGCCAAACGAAGGGGUGGUUCACGUUAUCAAAGUCAAGAUCAUUCUAAAUUAGUAGUUGUUGGUUUACAAUCAAAAUUAGCUAAUGUAUCAAAAGAUUUUCAAACAGUACUUGAGGUUCGUACUGAAAAUAUGAAACAAUUACGUAAUAGGCGUGAAAUGUUUUCACAAAUGACACCAUUAUCUACAAAUCCUAUGCUUCCAUCAAGUAGCAAUAAAAAUUUGUUAACAAUGGACAAUGAUCAGAAUAAUUUUAAUUCAGUUGCUUUGGAUAUGGAUAGUUUGGAACAGCAUCGAAUACAUGAUCAGAUGACUUUACUUGACGAAACAGGAAAUUAUUUACAGGCAAGAAAUAAUGCAAUGGAAACUAUUGAAUCAAAUAUAUCUGAAUUAGGGCAGAUUUUUAGACAGUUGGCAUCACUUGUUGCAGAACAAGGAGAAAUGAUUACAAGAAUUGAUUCAAAUGUUGAGCAUGCAUCUUUAAAUAUAGAUUCAGCUCAUCAUGAAUUAAUAAAGUACUUUAAUAACAUUGCUAAAAAUAGAUGGCUAAUUAUUAAGAUUGCAGUUAUUAUAUAUUUACUGUAUGAAUUAGUAAAAAAAAUACUUUUUGGUUCAUUAAGAGUUGAAGAGGUUGAACAUGUUUAUGAGCAUUGUUGGCAUGCUAUCAUGGAAACAUGUUUAACUUUUACUAUAUUUAGAGAUGACUUUUCAGCUAAGCAUGUAGUACUUUUUGUAUUAUUAUUGCUUGUUAAAAGUUUUCACUGGCUUUGUGAAAAUAGAGUCGAUUAUAUGGAAAGAAGUCCAGUUAUUACAACUACAUUUCAUGUUAGAAUUCUAACAACUCUUGCAUUACUUGCUUUGUUUGAUAGUUAUUCUUGUUCUGAUGCAUUUUUUAAUGUUAUUUCAAAUGGUAGUUCUGUUUAUUUAAUUUUUGGAUUUGAAUAUGCUAUAAUAUUAACAUCUCCAUGGGCCAAUAAAUCUGUUUACCUUCUUUAUGCCGAACUUUUUAUUAAUACUAUUAAUGUAAUAAUUUAUUCUGUAUUUGCUUAUAUAAUGUUUAAAGUUCAAACAAUUCCAUUAUUUGCUCUUAGACCAAUCUAUUCUUCUUUGAGAGCUUUCCAGAAAUCAUUUAAUGAUGUUAUUCAAUCUAGACGUGCCAUUCAUGCUAUGAAUAAUUUGUUUCAUUUUGCCACAGAAGAAGAAUUAUCACAGAUGGAUGCUGUUUGUAUAAUUUGUCGUGAUGAAAUGGUUAUUGAAGAUAGACCAAAGAAACUUCCUUGUGGGCAUAUUUUCCAUACCACAUGUUUACGUACAUGGUUCCAAUUUCAAAGAACUUGCCCUACCUGUAGAGCAAAUGUUUUAACAAUGAGUUUACCAACAACAAAUUCUCAAGGAAAUAAUCAAAAUGUAAAUAAUAGAAAUGAAAAUCAAAAUGCUACAGAAUUUGAAAAUAGGCCUACUAUAAAUUUAAAUAUACCCCAAAAUGAUAGAAUUAGGGUUGCAUUUAGAUUUGAUCAUAUUCCACAAAAUAACCAAUUUCAAAAUACUAAUGGCACACAAGGUGGAAAUAACACUAAUCAACAACAACCUAACUCCGCCUCAAAUAUGCACUUUCAAAUGCCUUAUGGUAUACCAAUAUUUCCAAUGUUUACACAACCUCCACCUUAUCCUCAAAUGAAUCCUGUAUCUUUUCCUGAUCCACCAGAUUAUAGUGGUUUGUCAGAGGAAGAACUUAGGCAGAUGGAGAGUGAUACAAGAGAUGGUAUUAUUGCUCGUAUUGAUGCUUUAAAGAAUAUACAUAUUUUAUUAGAAGCAGCAGUUUUACAAUUUGAUCAGUACAGAAAUGUUCAAAUUGUUAAAGAUCAAAUGAAGGAGAGGGAAGAACGAUCAGGUGAGGAAACUCAUAGAAAUCAAGAACAACAAACAGACCAAGUUGUGGAAAGUCAAGAUGAUCAACAGCAAUAA